AUGCUUAAGAACGAGCUAAGAAAGAAUGUCUACAUUGACUACCAAAAUGAACCUAUUCUUAACUGGGCCGAUAAGGAGGUGUUAACAGGUGAUGAGGUGUCUGAUUUGGUAGAAGAUGAUGAUACAGACUCACACAUUUCAGAUAUAAUGGAAUGCGAGCACGAAUCUGAUGAAGAGAUGCAUACUUUUGACAAAACAAUUGAUGAUGAAUUUUUGAACAAGUUGUCAGGUAAACCCAUUCCUAAUAGUAAUGAAGAAGAACCAAAUAAUGAUGAUGAAGCUAGUGAUGAAGAUGAUGAGGUUAUGUUCCAUUUAUGUGAUGAGAAUAAAGGAUAA